GAAAAACAACCCCCUUCACACGGACGGACGGACGCGAGGUCGCGGUUCACGUUUCUCGGGGCCAAGCUUCUCGGAGUUGUCAAGACGGCUUCUGGAAGGAUAGGGUUCUGGGUUUACACAUCUUGAGCGCACUCCCCCACAGCCACAGCGCUAGGGCUUGCAUCGCAGCGUCACCACCCCAAGCUUCUGCGUUUGCAAUCGCUCCGACUCGCUGUGCGCUUCCUACGUGCAGUUUCUCGGUUUCAGAAAUUUUCGAGAAAGCUCUCAGUGGUUGAGCGAACGGAGCAAGGACAAGUCCGGGUGUGAGCGAGGCAGCGAUGGCGUCCGUGAUGAACGCGCAGGCGAUGGCCGCUGCCGUGGGGUCGGUGGGAGCCGUGGCGGGCGCGGACGCGAGGAGGGGAGCUCGGAGGAACGACGGGGCGUUCAGCACGCGCAGGAAUGCGUUCUUCGGGGGCGACGUGAAGAGUCGCGCGGGGUUCGGCGUGGAGAAGCUGAGGGCCAAGUCCGGUGGGCAGGCGAGGCGUGCCGCCGGUCCGAUGCGGGUUGUGGCGGAGAAGGUGGUGGGGAUUGAUUUGGGCACCACCAAUUCGGCCGUUGCUGCCAUGGAGGGCGGCAAGCCCACCAUCGUGACGAACGCCGAGGGGCAGCGCACCACGCCUUCGGUGGUCGCGUACACCAAGAACGGCGACCGGCUGGUGGGUCAGAUUGCGAAGCGGCAGGCCGUGGUGAACCCCACGAACACGUUCUUCUCGGUGAAGAGGUUCAUCGGGCGGAAGAUGGCGGAAGUGGGCGACGAGGCGAAGCAGGUGUCGUACCAGGUGAUCAGGGACUCGAACGGGAAUGUGAAGCUGGACUGCCCGGCCAUCGGCAAGACGUUUGCGGCGGAGGAGAUUUCUGCUCAGGUGUUGAGGAAAUUGGUGGAUGACGCUUCGAAGUUUUUGAACGACAAGGUCGCGAAGGCCGUGGUGACGGUCCCGGCGUACUUCAACGACGCCCAGAGGACUGCGACGAAGGAUGCUGGGCGAAUUGCGGGAGUGGACGUGCUGCGAAUCAUCAACGAGCCGACCGCGGCGUCGCUGGCGUACGGUUUCGACAGGAAGGCCAACGAGACCAUCUUGGUGUUCGAUUUGGGGGGUGGAACGUUCGACGUGUCCGUGUUGGAGGUGGGCGAUGGAGUGUUCGAGGUGCUGUCAACUUCUGGUGACACGCACCUUGGAGGCGACGACUUCGACAAGAGAAUCGUGGACUGGCUGGCCGACGAUUUCAAGAAGACGGAGGGAGUGGACCUGCUGAAGGACAAGCAAGCCCUGCAGAGGUUGACUGAGACCGCGGAGAAGGCGAAGAUGGAGUUGUCUUCUCUGUCUCAGGCGAGCAUCAGCUUGCCGUUCAUCACCGCAACAGCCGACGGGCCGAAGCACAUCGACACGACGCUGACUCGGGCGAAGUUCGAGGAGCUGUGCUCGGACUUGCUGGACAGGUGCAAGACCCCUGUGGAGAAUGCGCUGAGGGACGCGAAGUUGUCGUACAAGGAUCUGAACGAGGUGAUUCUGGUGGGCGGUUCGACGAGAAUACCAGCCGUGCAGGAGUUGGUGAAGAGGAUCACAGGAAGAGACCCGAACGUGACGGUGAACCCCGACGAAGUGGUUGCUCUGGGAGCCGCCGUGCAGGCCGGUGUUUUGGCUGGUGAAGUGAGCGACAUUGUUCUGCUGGACGUGACGCCUCUGUCUCUGGGUUUGGAGACGCUGGGGGGUGUGAUGACGAAGAUCAUCCCGAGGAACACGACGCUGCCGACGUCGAAGUCGGAGGUGUUUUCGACCGCCGCCGAUGGUCAGACAAGCGUGGAGAUCAACGUGCUGCAGGGAGAGCGCGAGUUCGUGAGGGACAACAAGUCACUGGGAAGCUUCCGGCUGGACGGCAUUCCACCGGCUCCCAGGGGCGUGCCGCAGGUGGAGGUUCGGUUCGACAUCGACGCGAACGGCAUCUUGUCAGUGAGCGCCAUGGACAAGGGCACGGGGAAGAAGCAGGACAUCACGAUCACAGGAGCCAGCACGCUGCCCAAGGACGAGGUGGAGAGAAUGGUGCAGGAGGCGGAGAAGUUCGGGCAGGAAGACAAGGAGAAGAGGGACGCAGUGGACACGAAGAACCAGGCAGACUCAGUGGUGUACCAAACGGAGAAGCAGCUGAAGGAGUUGGCGGACAAGGUGCCAGCAGAGGUGAAGGACAAGGUGGAAGCGAAGCUGAAGGAAUUGAAGGAUGCGAUCGCGAGCGACAACACACAGAGCAUGAAGGACGCGAUGGCAGCUUUGAACCAGGAGGUGAUGCAGCUAGGACAGUCUUUGUACAACCAGCCCGGAGCCGGAGGCGCGCCCGAGGGAGGCGCGCCAGGCGGGCAAGGGAGCAGCUCGGGGCCGGCUGCGGGAGGAGACGACGUGAUCGAUGCGGAUUUCACCGACAGCAAGUAGGCGGAUGAGGGUAGGGUUUUGUAGAGUAGGGAUUGGGCAAGGCCGACGGGCAAUGGGAUCGGCGCGGGGCCGGGUCGGGCAGCAGAAUCAGAGUAGGUAGAACCCAUUUCGAGCGCGAGAGAUGUACGCGAGCGGGACUCGAUUGAUUGAUGAUGUAUAGGAUCUGGUAGGGAUUUUGCUCGGGACUGCAAGAGCUUAAUUUACGAAUUUUUUUCUCCAGUUUGAGGCGGCGGUUGUGGGGAGGAAGGAGGGAUGUUUUGGGCAGGGAAAUGAUUUUCGCGGUUAGGAUAUUGGUGCAAAAUUGGUUGAAGUGUUUGUGCAUGCACCUUUUAAUUCAGAAAUUGUAACACCAUCUCUGCAAUCUUGGUUCCUCAUAGGAGAUGGUGGUCAAUGUGGUUUAUACGUUGGACAAUUUUGACAAUAAUGACGGGUGGAUCCACAAGUUCAACAAC